GAUAAAAGUUGCUGUCCUACCACGUUCCUGGCAGCGUGACCGUGAUAUGAUUUAUCUCUCUUAUUUAUGUUCACAUCCGACGUACAGUGUUUCAAGGGUGGAAGAUGUGGAGACGUGUCCGAUUGUGGAAAAUGUUACCGACGAGGAUGGGAUUCGAACCCACGCGUGCAGAGCACAAUGGAUUAGCAGUCCAUCGCCUUAACCACUCGGCCACCUCGUCAUGUGCCCGUCAUAGGAGGAGACUUAGUUCCUUAUCGUCAGUGCUGAACCUCAGACUAAAGAUGGUGGACUCUCAGUACUACCUCCCAAAUGACAUUGGGGUCUCUGCACUUGACUGUGGUGAAGCCUUCCGUCUGCUUUCACCUCAGGAGAAGAUGUAUGCCCACUACCUGUCACGUGCCGCCUGGUAUGGUGGUCUGGCAGUGCUGCUGCAGACAUCCCCCGAAUCUGCAGACAUCUUUGUCUUGCUGCAGAGAAUCUUCAGGAAGCAGACGCCUUCACAGCUGGCACAGGUCGCUACAGCAGCUGGACUCAGCUCUGAGGAGUACCAGGCCUUCUUGGUGUAUGCAGCAGGUCUGUAUGCCAACAUGGGAAACUACAAGUCUUUCGGAGACACCAAGUUUAUCCCAAAUCUACCUAAGGACAAGCUGAAGGCUCUGGUCUGGGCCAGCCAGGCGUUUCAGGAGCAGUCUGCUGAGAUGGAGGCUCUGUGGGACAGCUGCUCGUGUCUUCUCUACUCCCUGGAAGACAGACAAAAACAGCUGGGGCUGGGCGACAAGGGAAUUACCACCUACUUCUCAGGAAACUGCUGUCUGGAGGAUGCUGAGCUGGCUCAGAAGUUCCUUGACUCAAAAAAACUGUCUGCCUACAACACCCGUCUGUUUAAGAAGGACAAUGGAGGGAAAGCCUGCUAUGAGGUGCGCCUGGCCUCAGCUGUGCAGAAAGAUUGUGCAGUGGACGGAGAGUGCGAGACAUGCUGCGGCAGCUUCAACUUUGAAGACAAAGAGUUCACUGUGAAGAGAGGAGACUAUGCUCCUCUGAUGGAGAAAGUCUGCCAUAACCUCCAACAAGCACAGGCCUACGCUGCCAACGAGAACCAGAGAAAGAUGAUUGAAGAGUACAGGCGCAGCUUCAACCUUGGCUCAGUUGAAGCCCAUAAAGAGGGCUCACGCUAUUGGAUCAAAGACAAAGGACCAAUUGUUGAGAGUUAUAUAGGUUUCAUAGAGAGCUACAGAGACCCAUUUGGCUCCAGAGGAGAGUUUGAAGGUUUUGUUGCGGUGGUGAACAAGGCGAUGAGCGAGCGCUUUGCCAAGCUGGUGAGCUCGGCAGAAGUCCUGCUUCCUGAGCUGCCUUGGCCCAGGGAGUUUGAGAAGGACACUUUCCUUAAACCUGACUUCACCUCACUGGAUGUUCUCACCUUUGCUGGGAGUGGAAUACCAGCUGGCAUCAAUAUCCCCAACUACGAUGACAUCAGACAGUCGGAGGGCUUUAAAAACGUGUCACUAGGCAACGUGCUGGCUGUAGCCUAUGCUACACAAAAAGAAAAACUCACCUUCUUGGAGGAGGGUGACAAGGAUUUGUUCAUCAAGUGGAAGGGCCCAUCGUUUGAGGUGCAGGUUGGACUUCAUGAGCUGUUGGGCCAUGGAAGCGGAAAGCUGUUUGUCCAGGACGACAAGGGCAAGUUCAACUUUGACCAGAGCAAGGUGAUCAACCCAGAGACCGGAGAAAAGGUCUCCAGUUGGUAUCGGGGCAGCGAGACAUGGGACAGUAAAUUCUCCACGAUUGCCUCCUCCUAUGAAGAAUGCCGCGCCGAGUGUGUCGGACUCUAUCUGUGUCUCAACAAACCAGUGCUCAGUAUUUUUGGCCAUGAAGACCAGGAUGCAGAGGAUGUGGUGUACAUCAACUGGCUCAGUAUGGUCAGAGCUGGACUGUUGGGCCUGGAGUUCUACACACCUGAGAGCAAGAGCUGGAGACAGGCUCACAUGCAGGCUCGUUUCGUGAUCCUGCGCGUUCUGCUGGAGGCCGGGGAGGGCCUGGUGGGCCUGGAGGAAGUCACGGGACAGGACGGCAAGCCCGACGCUCGCAUCACACUGGACCGGAGCAAGAUCCACACUGUGGGCAAGAACGCCAUCCACAGGUUCCUUUGUAAACUGCAGGUCUUUAAGUCGACAGCGGAUGUGGAAGGAGGCAGGGCUCUCUACGACGGCUACUCCACUGUCAGCGACAGCGGCGCUCACAACUUCUUGCGUCUCCGGGAGACGGUGCUGCUGAGGAAGGAAGCUCGAAAGAUGUUUGUCCAGGCCAACACCAGAGUCAGUGGGGACAGUGUAGAGCUGGUGGAAUAUGAAGGCAGCGCGGCAGGUUUGAUCUGCUCCUUCACUGAGCGCUUCCAAGAUGACGCAGAGAAGGUGGAGGCCAACCUGCUGGAGCUGAGCAAAAGAGACACCCAGUGCUGGUGUUGAUGGACAUGUGCUCCACAGGCUUCAAAAAUACCAGCUGAAAUCAGACCUUUUUUUUUUUUUUUUUUUAGCCAUAUGUGAUAGCAAAGUGAUACUUAAUGGAUGUUAAACCACAAAACUGCAAAGUGAUUCCAAUCCUUUUAGAGGACAAGAGACUAAAUUAAAGUUUCAUACUUCAAAUAAAGCCAUAGGACAAGAACACAUCUGCCAAAGACAUCAGCCACAGUUUUUCCAGCCACGACUCGGAAUCUUAAAGCAUCAGGUCUGUCUUUGAUAACUGGAUCAAAUACAAAUAAAUAAGCUCAUUAGUCUUACACCAUCACUCUUUUAAAUGCAUUUAGGAAACAUAUUUUUCUAACGAGAAGUAUUGAAAACUGUCCAUUAAUCCAAUGCUGGCAGACGGUUAAAAUGCUUCUUGGGUAUAAAGGCCUGUCAACUUAUUGCAGGUAGUUUUCACUUUUUAAUCACAGCAAGGUCAAAAAUUGGCUUCACGGAUCUUCGUGUCUUUUGUCUGUACUCGAACUUUUGGCUUAAAAAAAUAUUCCAUCUUUACAGCUUGUCCAACACAUUAAAUGUUUGUCCCUUCUUGGUGUUGAUGAUUAUUUGAAAGCUUAAGACAGCAUAAUGUUAACUGCAAGGCACAAUAAUAGGUUAUGCUAAUUUUUGCCAGUUUUGGUUAAAGAAGUAAUAGAUGACUGAAUAAAAAUAUUGCUGUGUCUGGAAGCCCUAAAAAAAAAAA